UCUCCUCAUUAGAAAAAUCUGUUUGCUCAAUUGAAGUGAAAUAAAAUCCCUCUUUACUGUUGCACAACCUUUUUUAUGUAGUGGUUGAAGUGGUGAGGCCCUGCUGUACCGCUCACGUUUACUUUAUGGAAAACAGAGGUACCAUUUUAGGGUUGAACCAUUGAAAUUUCGCUGCUAAAUUCUCUGAGGAUUUCCGUACAUGUCGAUGCUUUUCCCGUGAAAAACGGUGAGUUUUCUUUUUGGCGGAACAGGCUCUAAAUUUAGCGGUUUUUGUGGACAUUCAGUAAGAUACUUGCGCCAUAGAAAUAGCUUCGAGUUUUUGCAGAAAUGUUAAAUGCGUGCUCUCGGGCAUGUUUUGUGACGGAUUUGGAAAUCUUUUGUAAAUUUGACCGCUGAUUGUGUUUUUGGCGAAGAAUUUAGCGGUAUUCUUGAGAUUGCCGAGAUUUUGAAAUGUUCUGAGGUUUAUUUAUCUUUUGGCGGAGAAGUUUGAAGUUUUUGCUCGUAGAGGAUACUUUUUGGGGGCUUUUCUGCGGUUCUUUUUCAAAGAUGGCGAGUGCAUAUGGAGAUUAUAGCCAUAAAAUUGAUUAUGUGUUCAAGGUCGUUGUGAUCGGAGAUUCUGCAGUUGGAAAGUCGCAAAUCUUAUCGAGAUUUGCGAGGAAUGAGUUCAGCUUGGACUCCAAGUCGACAAUUGGAGUUGAGUUUCAGACGAGGACACUUGUUAUUGAAGAUAAAACCAUUAAAGCACAAAUAUGGGACACCGCCGGCCAAGAGAGAUACAGGGCAGUUACUAGUGCCUACUACAGAGGCGCUGUUGGUGCGAUGCUGGUAUAUGACAUAACCAAGCGACAAACCUUUGAUCAUGUGGUGAGGUGGCUUGAGGAGUUGAGAGGCCAUGCAGACAAUAAUAUUGUUAUCAUGCUGAUAGGAAACAAAUGUGAUCUUGCUGACAAACGUGAAGUGCCUACAGAGGAUGCACAAGAAUUUGCUCAAACAGAGGGUUUAUUCUUCUUUGAAACAUCGGCACUAGAGGCAACAAAUGUGGAGGCUGCAUUUAUGACAGUCUUGACAGAAAUCUACAAGACAAUAAGUAGGAAAGUCCUCACCGCAAAUGAAGAACAAGGAAAUGGAAAUGCAACUUCGUUGACUGGCACAAAAAUUGUUCUUCCCAGCCCAGUGCAAGAGGUCAAUGCCAAGAAAAAUAACUGUUGUAAUUUAACAUAAGUAUUCGUUUUCCUACUAGAGGUCUCAGCAUAUCGUCAUCCUUAUAUAUUGGCUUGCAUUUCUGUCCUUAAGGCAGAACCUAUUUUCCAGAAAGUAUCUUUAUUUAUGAUGCUGAUUUUGGUUCUAAUUUUUUGUUCUGGGGAAGUCUCUGGUCCUAUACUGGUGAGUUUGCAUUGUAAUUUGUUGUAUUCAUCUGUUCCGCUUUUGUAAAGGGUCAUAAAGUUUACUACACAAGGUGAAACAGUUCUAGUAACAAAACUCUUACAUGUUAUUGAUAUUUCUUUGGUUACUGUGUUU